CCUAGAUUUGCAUUUGCCUCUGGUCGCUCUGCAAUGGGUGGCACGACGAAUAUAUUCUUGACUGGCUCAACUGGUUACAUCGGGGGAACCGUCCUGCAGCGGUUGCUCGCUCACCCUGAAAGAGAAUCGUUCAAUAUCAGCGUGUUAGUUCGCAACGCCGAGAAAGCGAAGCUGCUUGAAAACUUCGGCGUGACUACGGUCGUCGGAUCGCACUCCGACUUAGAAAAGUUGGAACAAGCCGCCGCUUCCGCUGACGUGGUCUUCGCGAUCGCCGAUUGCGAUGAUUUAAAAGCUGCAACUGCUAUCCUUUCAGGUCUCAAAAAGAGGCACGCCGAGACGGGGGAGCAGCCUAUUCUGAUCCACACCUCAGGCACAGGUGUCCUAGCCGACAACGCGCAGGGAAAAUAUGCCAGCGACCUUGUCUACUCCGACCUUGAUAUUCCAUUGAUUGAAACGCUGAAGCCUACGCAGCCCCACAGGUGGGUUGACAUCGCCAUCGUGGAAGCUGGGAAACAAGGAUAUGCUCGAACCCAUAUCGUACUGCCGGGUGUGAUCUUCGGACUAGGACAUGGCCCCCUGUUCGAGACUGGUAUCUGCAAUCAACAUUCCAUGGAGCUGCCCACCAUAUUGCAAAUCGGUUGGCAUAGAGGUCGAGCUGGAAUCAUCGGCGAGGGCAGGAAUAUAUGGCCCCUUUCCCACAUUGACGACACGGCCGACCUGUAUAUUGUUCUAUUCGACGCAGCCAGAAAGAGAAAGGACGUGGCAUGUGGGCGCGAGGGCUUCUAUUUCGUUGAAAACGGCCAUUUCUCGGUGUACGAAGCAACCAAAGCCGUAGGUCACGUCCUCGUUGAAUUAGGUCGUGCGAAGACAGCAGAACCUACGCCUUUCACGCCGGAGGAGUUGGAUAAAUAUUUCGCUGGUGUGCAGGUCCUAUUCAUGGGCACAAACUCUGUCUGCAAAGCCGAACGGUCCCGCGCGCUUGGGUGGCGGCCGACGAAGACGAAGCAGGAUAUGCUUGAGAGCAUCCGGCCCGAAGCAGAUGCCUUAAUAAAGAAUGGGCGGAUUGAAGAUGCAUUCCACAUCAGGGGUCUGCUUGCCCAAUACGUCGACCUAUGA